CCAAACCUCGCAGAGGCAAAAGGUUCAACUCUCAGUCUGAGUUCUUACGAGCAGCGAGCAGGCAGAUUCUUCUCUGCUGCUGCAUAUGCAGAAACUUUGGAAAGUAUCUCCAGGACCACUUUAAGACACUUGUAAAAAAAAAAAAAUUCACCAGAGGGGUCCACGCUGAAGAAGAUGUCGUUGCGAGAUAUGAGCACCUUUCCGCCCCUGUGAGCCGUGUAACCAAUGGCAACCUCAGUCCAGACUCUUCCUCGUCCUGGCAAGAACUUCAAAAUCGCCUUCCCGACGCCGUCCUUUUCGCAGCGCUGCAGCAUGGGGAGUGUGGGCAGUCUGGUGGAGAGGCCCGAUGUCUCUCCCGCCAAGGUGAACCGAGCCGUGCCCCAAGUCAGGCCCAAGCAGUCCGGCGGCCUCCUGAAGAAAGGCUUCGCUCAGAGAGAACUCCUCAACUACCUCAACAUCACCAGAAAAGAGCCCAAAGCCAACCAGGCCAGGGGCAACAAGAAGGACAUCGUGAUCUCCGUCGGAGGACGAGAGGAAGAAAACUUGUACGCUCGGGUCUUCCACAAAGAUGGGACUGAAAUUGACUUGGCAAAGAACUCCCUGCCAAGUGGGGGCAAGUAUGAAAAGGAUCGUUUGAGGUCGUCCGCCUUCAAACCCGUCACCCCCAAAAACUUUAGCUCCAUGCAAAACCUGUAUCCAUCUUCCAAAUCAGAGGACUUGGACCACGGCCUCUCCAAUGGGCUGCACAGAGCCUACGCCCAUGUCACCAAAGCUGUUUCCAGCUCUUCUUGCUCCUCCUCUCCCUCACGCCAUGCUGGGACAACCACGGCCACCAAGGCUCAUUCCUCAGCGCGUGGGGCGAGCCAGGAGGAUGACAACCUGUCGGACUCGGGCCAUAACUCCAUGAACAGUUUGCCGCCAUACCGCCCCCCUUUCCGCCCACACCUGGCCCACAUCAGCGCAUCAAUGGGUCAUAUCAACACUAUCGGCUCGCUGGACCGCACCACUUUGGGCGCCAAGGCUGCUGGCUCAGGGGGCGUGGCCAUGGGGGAGAUGGCAUGUCGCAGCAUGGCCACGCUCAGCCGCCUGGUGCCGUAUGGAGGGGAGGCUCCACCUCCUUAUGAUUGGACUCUGUCCAUGUCUGUUGAAGAAGUGGUGCGGGAUCUGGAGGAGCGUCUGGUGGAGAAAGAACAUGAGCUGAAGCAGAUGAAAAGAAAUCUGGACGAGAGCGAGGGCGCGGUCGCUCAGGUAUUUGAAGGCAAACAGCGUCUGUGGGAGAAGGAGGUAGAGGAACUGAAGCGCCUCUACGCUGCCAAGCUCCGCCAGGUUUCCCAGCAUGCCCAGCGAGCCCAACGUGGCCUCCAAUUGCAGCUCUACAAGGCCCAGCAGGACAAGAACCGACUGCAAGAGGAGCUGGAUAGCGUGAAAGGGGAAAGAAUCCCCGAGUGCGGAGACAAAGAGAAGCCGAGCAGUCCAACCCUGGAGGAGACACAGUGGGAGGUUUGCCAGAAGUCGGGAGAGAUCUCCUUGCUCAAGCAGCAGUUUCGGGACUCUCAGGCUGAGGUGACCCAGAAGUUGAGCGAGAUCUUCCAGCUGAAGACGCAGCUGAGGGAGAACCGCAUGGAGUUGCGCAACAAGGAGAGCCAGAUAGACGCUCUCCAGGUAAUCCUGCAGGACAACCAAAUGCACAGACGACCCUCUCAGAGCGCCAGCGACCAUGGAAAAGGAGAAGAGAGCGCUGGAGCAACAGGAGGCUGUGUGGGCCCGAAUGAGGAGCGUUUGCGUGCCGAGCUACUGCUGGAGCGCCGCCAAAGCGAGGCCCAGGCCAUGGCUUUUGAGGAGGAGAGGAAGACAUGGCAGACAGAAAAGCACAAGGUCAUCCGCUACCAGAAGGAGCUGCAGGCCAGCUAUUUAGAGAUGUACCACCGCAACGCAGAGCUGGAGAGGGAGGUGCACCAGCUGAGAGGGGGCAAGAACCGGAACGGGACUUUGGAAAGAGAAGUGCCAGAGCUGCAGAGUGAACAGGAAGUGGAAAAGCAAAAAGACUGCAGUCCAUCCUCGGGUUUGCCAUGGAUAGACAGGAUUGAAUCCUCUGAAAUCUAAACCUUAAUUUUUUUUUCAGCAACGACCGGAACGACAAGGGCUGUUUGGACCAAAAGUUGGAAAGAACAGAAAAAAAAACUUUUAGAUUUAGGACGAAGAUAUUGGGUCAAAUGUUUGUUACUUAACAACGAUUGUAAUCGUCAAUCAAAGAUCUGCUAGAAUGAAGCACUAACCUUCUGCAAGGGAGAACAAUCAUACACUGCACAAACUCAUCCAAGCAAGAUUACUUUAAAAAUCAAGGUCAGGCUUGUGCACAAUUCCACUUUUGGAAUUUCAAUGUAAUUCAUUUAAAGAAUUGGAAUUGAAUUGUCUCCACCCCACAGGAUGUUGAAUUGGAAUUACAGGACGUGGAUUUAAUUAUAAUUACUUUCUUAUAGCUGAGGAACAGGAAGAAUGUGUCAUGUUUAACACAUAUUUUGGCUUAAAUAGCAGUAUUUUUACACCAUAUUCCAUAAUUUGAAACAUCAGAAUCAGAAUCAAAAAUACUUUAUUAAUUCCCGAGGGGAAAUUAAAAUUUUCAGCACAAUCAUACAGUACAUCUUACACAAGAAGUAAACGGUGUGUACAUGAGGUUCCUAUAUUUCUAGGAAAUAUGUAAAACAGUCACGUAUGGAAUUUACUGUAAAGCAUAAUUCUGGAAUAACCAAAAUGAUCAAUUGGAAUUUCCCAAAAUGUUUCUUCUUCCUUCAAUUUGAAUUGCAAUUCAAGGACCGUGAGUAUUAUUUGUCAAUUUGUACAUACAAAAGGCCAAAAGUUUGGACACACCUUCUCAUUCAAUGCGUUCUCUUUAUUUUCAUGACUAUUUACAUUGUAGAUUGUCACUGAA